UCCGGGCCCCAAGUCCCCAGAGAGGUGAGUCGGAUGCAGGUGGGCGCGCGGUGCCGGGUUGUCGGUGGCGCUGCUGUCGCAGGCGCCACCCCCGGCUCGCACCCAGCCACAUAGUAGAGCCGCGCGCCAGAGUGCUGCAGCUUCGCCAAGCCCCGGGCCAGUUGGGGCGCGGAGCCGGAGCCGGGCGCCCUGGGAGGCCGGAGCGGCUGGGCCUUGGAGCCUCGGUGGCGAGCAGCCGCCGCGCCUCCGUGUACCUUGCUCGCCAGCAGGAGGUUUCCGCUAACUCCCCGGCGUGCGCCGUGGCCUGUCUGGGCUCGCCCUGUAGCGCCCAGCCAGAUGCUGGAGGCGGCCUAAGGAGGAUGCGGGGCAGCUGGUGCAGGCUACCUGAGUGACAUCCUGAACUUUUCCCAGGGAUUCCUGCCAGCCCCUUAGGUCACGUUGCGCAUUUUCCUCUGAGGCCUCUUGUGCUUGUCGCUGAAAUAAAAGCGGUAUUUCCCCCAGUUUCCUUUUAGGACAUUAUGACUUUUUUCCUUUGCAAGACAGUUCAAGGAACUGGCAGAAAAACAAACUCUUCCCACCCCCAGGGACUGUGUUGUCUUCAGGAGUUUGGAGUCAAGGCCAGCGAAUGAGGAGGCUCUGUCUGCAUCCUUUCCUCUCCAACAUCCUCAAAGGAGCUUCGUUUCUAGCAUCUUUCUAGCAUUCAGGGCCAUGAUUCCGAAGGCUUGAGCUUUUUAUAAGGAGAGAGAAGCUGUCUCCUGUGCCCCAAAAUGGCGGCUAAGAUGGAGAUAACUUUGAGCUCGCAGUCCCAUAUUCAGGCUUCCUCCAAGCAAGAGAGACAUAUAAUAGCAAAGCUAGAAGAAAAACGGGAGCCUGCUCUGCAAAAAGACUGGCCGGAUCCUGAGCUCUCCCGCCAGAAUUUUAGACGGUUUUGUUAUCAAGAGGUGUCUGGACCCCAAGAGGCACUCUCCCGUCUCCGGCAGCUCUGUCGUCAGUGGUUACAGCCCGAGGUGCACAGCAAGGAGCAGAUUUUGGAGCUGCUGGUGCUGGAGCAGUUUCUGAACAUCCUGCCUCCGGAGAUCCAGGCUCGGGCCAGGCAUCGAUGUCCAGUGAGCAGCAAGGAGAUUUUGACCCUGGUAGAAGAUUUUCACAGAGCAGCCAAGGGACCAAAGCAGUGGGUGGCUGUUUGUAUGGAGGGCCAGAAGGUGCUCUUGGAGAAAAUUGGGUCCCAGCUUGGAGAACAGGAACUGCCAGACUUUCAACCGCAAACUCCUAGAGGAUAUCCUAGGGAGAGCUCUCUGGAGGAAACGUCCCAGGCAGGAUCUCAGGAUCAGCGGAGCCCCCAUCAAUGGGAAAAAUCCCCGCUUCUCCAGGAACCAACCCCCAAAUUGGCUGAGACAGAAGCCUCCAGAAUGAAAAACGACAACAAGGAAAAUCCACAGCAGGAAGGGGCUAAAGGAGCAAAGCCAUGUGUAUUAUCAGUGGGCAGACCCAAAGGGAAUGGUCUGCAGAGCCCCGAACCCAGAGGGGCGACUGUGAGUGAGCCCCGGUUGUCGCGGAGGCAGAUCAGCCCCCCACGUGCUCAAAAGCCAUUUGCUCACUACCAGAGACAUUGCAGGGAACUGGAAUAUGUCAGCGGCCCCCUGAAAAGCCACCCACUGAGAGAGCUGAAGAAAAGCAAGGGAGGCAAAAGAAGCCUGAGCAGCCGUUUGCAACGUCUUGGUCACCAGCCAACCCGCUCAGCGAAGAAACCUUACAAAUGUGAUGACUGUGGGAAAAGCUUCACAUGGAAUUCAGAGCUGAAAAGACACAAGCGAGUCCACACGGGUGAGAGGCCCUACACGUGUGGAGAAUGUGGGAACUGCUUUGGGCGGCAGUCCACCCUGAAGCUGCACCAGAGGAUCCACACUGGAGAGAAGCCCUACCAGUGCGGCCAGUGUGGGAAAAGCUUUCGCCAGAGCUCAAACCUUCACCAGCAUCACAGACUGCACCAUGGGGACUGAAAGCAGGACUGGGUCCUCUCUGUUCAGAAGGAAGGUAUUUGGAUUUCUCCUUCCCCUUGCUUGCAUGUAAAUCACAAAGACUGUCUGCGUGACUUACAAGGAAGAAAGCAGGAGGUCCCUGAGGAAUGAUGGCGUCCAUCAGUCUGGUGAGGAGUCGGGAAGUGGCUGAUGGGGACGUGACCAUGAACAGAGAUGUGACGUGUACAGGGACCAGGGGAGAGACGGCAGGUCUGGGCGUUGGGUCAGAGUGCACUGGGGUGUCUUUUGGAGAGUGGGGAGUCACUACUGAGGGAGAAUCAGGACGAUCCUGCAGGUGUGCCCCACAACUUGAUGUUAAAUCUCCUCCUGCUGCUUUAUUUAUCAUCUAAAUCUGUUCAAGGAUAAAUCCUAUAUAUAGUUAUGCGUUUGCUGUCAUACCAGACAAUCUUUAUCACGCGCACACUCCUUUAAUAAAGAUGAGUGAUCCGCAA